GAACGCUGGAGAAGGAGGAAGAAAACCGACUUGGAGGGAGAUUUGGUUUAUUUAUUUAUUUAUUUUCCUUAUUUUGUCCGUGAAGCACAAUGGAGACUGAUCCCGACAUCCAAACAGUACCGAAAGGAUUCUAUUGUAAAUUAUGUGAUGUUAAAAUCCCUAACGAGCCAAGUUUAGAAGGCCACAUGAAGGGGAGGAAGCACCAGCACCUGUGCAAGCUGCGGGCGAAGAGGAAGGCUCAGGAGGAGAACAGCGUCUACGUCAGCGGCUUCAAGCGCGACACGUCCACGAGCGAGCUGGCCGAAUAUUUCCAGCAGUUCGGACCCGUGGCCGAGGUCAUCAUGGACAAGGAGCAGAGUCUGUAUGCCAUCGUGGAGUUUGCCGAGACUGCGAGCACCGAGGCAGCGUUGGCUCAGCUGCAGCACAGUCUGGAUGGACUGAAGCUCCGCGUGAAACCUCGAGAGAGGAAGGAGUUCAAGUUGGCCAGCAAGGGGAAACACGACCGGACCAAACCUCACAUCAGCUUGGAGAAGCUCAGCCACGAGCUCUGCCUCGUGUCUUCAGUAAACGAGCAGAUGCACAAAAUGGUGGAGAUGUUCCAGCUGAGUGAGAACGAUAGUAAAGCCAGGCAGCUCCUAGUCCAGCUCCUGCAGGAGGUCUUCAUCGAGUUCCUCCCAGAUUGUCAGAUUGUACCUUUCGGCUCCUCGGUGAACACGUUCGGUAUCCAUUCGUGUGACCUCGAUCUCGUCUUGGACCUGGAGAACACCAGAGCCUUCCAGAAUCGCACCAGGAUGUCCGAGCAGCAGACGGCCGAGAACCAGUCGGAAGACGGCCAGCCGGAAGACUCCAUCCUGUCUGACAUUGACCUGACCACGGCGACGCCGGCCGAGCUGCUGGAGCUGGUGGCGGCCGUUCUGAGGAAGUGCGUGCCCGGAGUGCAUAAGGUCCAAACAGUGAGCAGCGCACGCCUCCCUGUGGUCAAGUUCAGCCAUCGGCAGCUCAGUCUGCAGGGGGACAUCACCAUCAACAACAGGCUGGCGGUCAGAAACACGCGCUUCCUGCAGCUGUGCUCGGGGCUGGACUCCAGAGUGCGUCCUCUGGUUUAUUCCGUACGUUUCUGGGCCAAGCAGAAACAACUCGCAGGGAACCCGUCUGGCGGUGGGCCACUGUUGAAUAACUACGCGCUGACGCUGCUGGUCCUAUUCUACCUGCAGACCGUCAGUCCACCUGUACUGCCGACUGUGGAGCAGCUCAAGCACAUGGCAUGUGAGGAGGAGGAGUGCGUCAUUGACGGAUGGGACUGCACCUUCCCCAGUCAGCCGAUCAGCGUGCCUCCUAGUAAAAACACAGACGACCUGUGCACCUUGCUUUUCGGUUUCUUUACCUACUAUUCCAAGUUUGAUUUUCCUGGAUCUGUGGUGUCUCUGAGAGCCGGGCGCGUUCUUCCUAUCGCGGAGUUUCUGAGCAGAGACGACAUGCCUGAUCCCGCAGAGAGCUCCGACGCCAGCAGACAGAAAACAACGGCACGUACUAAACUGGGACCCGUGAACAUCCUGGACCCGUUCGAACUCCACCAUAACGUAGCCGGCAACCUUACCGAGCGAACACACAAGAAUCUCCGCAGGGAAUUCUGCGACGCGGAGAAGUACUGCCGGAGCCUGCAGUACCAGCGCAAGUCGUCCAAGGGCAAGUCCUGGGGGAUAGUAAAGCUUUUUGCGCCACGUCUUGAGGGUCUGUCCAGCUCGCAGGAAGCCCUGGAAAAAUUCCCGGAGAUCAACAUCCCGUUCAGGGCGGCCAUUUUGACUCAGUCUUUCCGUACAGAGCUGAGUUCGGCAGGAGAGACCUUCCGAGUCCUUUGGUUCAAGAAGGUCUGCUCGUCCUUGGAGGUGGUGUUCAACGACAUUCUCAAGUGUACGCCUUCAGACCAGGUCGAGAUCAAUCAAGAUCUAACCAGCGCCCAAGGAGAUACCAAAAACGAGGAAGUGAACAAUAAUCUUGAUAGUUCUAGCCAUCAUCCCAUAGUUCACUCUGGAAUGAAGAGACCCCUGUCCAUAGAGGAAGGUCCAUCCUCUUCUUCCUCCUCACCCGAGGGAAAGCGGAUGAGACUGGAACCCUCAGCAGAGGUGGCUCACUGGAACUGGACCCAGAGACACCCGGUGUGGGCCGGCCGAAGGAAGAUCCGGAGAGUGUUACUGAAAACGAGCGACGAGACCUCCAAGCCUGAAGGGGGCUGCAGCAGCAUCGAGAGCAGGGUGACGCAGUACAUCAUCGAGAACGACUCGAACCCCGAGGAGAAACUGGAGUUCAGGGUGGAUGCCGUCGUGACGGGCGGUGACGAGUGCACGAAAGCCGUGCUCAAGUUCAAAGCGACCGACGAUCCCGCCGGACAUUUUCACGACUUCUUCCAUUUUCUCGAUUGCUUCCUGCCCAAGAUGGUGGAUACGUUGUUGGCGAAAUCUGAAUAAUCCUUCCUGCACGUUUUUAUUUUAAGGACAUAAAUGUUUUUGGAAAGAUGUAUGGAGACACAAUAACAAUAAUGUUUGCUGUAGUUUGGUUGACUUCUGGACUUUUGUCCUUUAUUUGUUGUAGUCUAAUCUAAUCUGAUCAUUUCUUGUGGUUUAGUUAUUCAUGUCACUGUUUAUUCACGUUUAAAAUGUGAAAAGUUGUGUUUUUGAUUUAAAAUACUUUGUAGUAUAUUUUAGUUUGGUUAUUGUUUAAAAAAAGAAAGUUGUAAGUGCAGGUUAUUAAACACGAAGCUACCAG